UAGUUCCCAUGGGUCGACCUUGUAGUCGUUGUCCAAUUGUUCAGUGUUCACCAUGGGAUCGUAAUGUUAUGAUAGUAUUCGAUUUCCAUAAGGUUUUUGACACAACAUUAAAUAAUUGUUGUAAGCAGCAAAAUAAGUAAACAAAAUGUAUAAAUACGACUUACAUAUGUGAAAAUACCGUUUGUGCAGUCUUGUGGUUAGUACUCGUCAGACUUAAUGAAACAUAGUCGUGGAACGUCCGUUAUUGUACAUCUUUGCGUGUGUUUAAUAAUUAAAAAAUAUUAAUUCGAUUCGGUAAACAACAUCCAUAAAAAUGAUAAGCUCUGCAUUACAAGUGCUGUCGUGCUUAUUAUUAAUGGUCAACAUAUCAUUGUCGAGGUCAAGAUAUCCAGGUCGACCGGAUAUUCAUUACGUGCCGGCGAGUUACGCUUACAAGUACGGCGUACACGACCCCGCCACGGGCGACAUCAAACACCAGUCGGAAGAGCGAACUGGCGACGUGGUCCGCGGUCAGUACAGUCUCGUGGAGCCCGACGGUACAGUACGAACCGUCGACUACACCGCCGACCCGGUUAACGGUUUCAACGCGGUUGUCAGCAAGUCCGGUAAACCCAAGAAACCGCGGUACGUCGUCCGGACCGUGCCCGCCACCGUCGCAGACAUAACGGACGACCCGCACUCGGCCAGAGGACCGAUAACUUUUCCGAAGAAUGUACAGGAAGAUUUUCCAAUUACUGCACCGGUGUACCAGGAAUAUUACGACUCAACAUCCAUACAUCCUUAUGAAGUCGACCCGCGCUACAUACAACACUCGAAUAAUUAUUACAAAGAAUAUUUAAAUUACUGAAUCAGAAAAAUUAAACGUGUCUAUGAAACAUCUGAACUCCAAUGAAAAUAUUGUUGACUUAUUGUUACAAGAACAAUAACAAUAUAAUAUUGUACUAUAACACAGUUGUAUGUGUGUACCAAUAACACAUCGAUCGUUAAAAUAAAAUCUGUACGAAUUAAAACGUUGGAAUUUCGUCAUCUACUCGACUGCACAUUUUCCUAUAUUAUAGGUACUAUAGCUAUUAUAUUGUAAUAAACAGUAAGAAACAAAAAGUAUAUAAUAAUAAUAAAAAAUAUAGAUAACAGUAUAAAAAUCA